AUGCUAAUACCUCUUAGUACUAAGUUUGAGAGACCGUGGGUUUUCGAGCAUUCGAAAUUCAACGUUGUGCUUGAUGAGCACCACCUCUCCCGUUUUACUCAAAACAUUGCUUUGAUGGCUGACUAUCUGGUCAACAAUGAGUUUGGAUCCAAAUUUGUAGAUAAAGUAGUGACAACGAUAUGA